AUGGAAGGCGCAUCGACCUCAGCCACCGCAAACACGGAACUUCAGGACCUCGCCGCCCUCCUUUGGGCGUCCAACGAGAAGGGCGACAUCCACCUUCCGCCCUCCGAAGCCGGGGCACUCGCAAGAUAUCUUGGUCUUGAACGCAUUCGUCAAGAAGUCUCCCAGGACGCUGAGCUCGCGGCGGACAUGCAGAUGAAGGGCUUCGCCGCCGCGGCGCUCAUGUUGGUUGCAGAAAAGGAACUCGCGGACAAGGCACUUGCUGAGCAGACCGCCAGACGGAACCCCAAACGCAAAGCGAAAAAGAACGCGAAACGGAACGCCAAAGCGGACGCUGACCGGGACACCAAGCCGCUCAGCACGGAUAUCCCCACAAUCCAGGGGCUGCACCAAACCACGCUCGAGACCAUCGCUUGCACCAUGGCGGAUAUUCCUCUGUUGGACCCCACAGAAGAGCUGCCUGACUUGACUGAUCCAGAGGUCGCGAAACGCUACGCCAUCUCUGCCUCCGACAUCAUAAUGAGGCUGGUCUGUCAGCAGCAGCAGAUGUAA